AGGCCAUUAAAAUGUAGCAUAAAGCGAAACGUUUGCCGAAAUACGGUGAACAAAAUUUCGAUUCAUGGCAAGGUGGAAAGGCAUUGUACGUCCAUACUAUGACGAAUUCGGAAUCCACGAACGCGGAUACGGAGUCUGAGGCGCACAGAACGGGAAAAAUUGAAAAAAUACAUAAUGCACACCCGUCUUCAACACAACAACACGGCAAAAACAUACGAGACAACGAAUGGACGACUUCAAAACAACCUUCGCUUUCUACCACCGAAGGAAAUUUUGCCCAAAUUAUACGCGCUAAAGGGAAUCCAAAGUCGGAAGAGUUUACCAAGCAAGUGAAUUACCUAACAAUGGAGAAUAGCAAUUAUUUGAAAGCAGGCUAUCCAUCAAAUCCAAACUCAUACUAUGGCUGGCUUCCUGGGUUAAAUUCAGUGCGUUUUCCUGCCUUUAUUUAUCCCCAAUCGUUUGUGGGAUUUGCUCCAACAUUGGCAUGGAUGAAGACGAACACUUCUAGCGAAGGACAGCCGACAAAUAUUGAAAAAAUCGACAGAUGGCUGAGCGGCAAGAAAGACACAAUUCCAAGCAUGGCAAGUCCGUCUGUGAAAUAUAUUAUCGACACAGACAACAGCGACAAGUUGAGCUGUACCUCGGAGGCGACCAAAGACCCCAGCGGUAGCGCGAAAUCGAGUAACAGUGAUGAAGACGAAGGUUUAGUUCUUGACGAGCGAGAGACGGUGAAGCGAAAGCGACAGAAGGAAAGCGCCAAACUUCAAACGGACUGUGUAAAGCCACGGUGCGAACAACGCAGCAGUGUUAUUCAGCCUAAUAUAUCCAUUCAACCGAAACCAUCUGUAAUCAUAAGACACAGUCAGAAUGCGUCUUCUAGCACCGAGCAAGAGGAGAACAGGCCAGCGAAACGUGGCAGGGCUUCCACGCGACAGAUUGAAAAGACUGAACAGUACUGGGAUCGCAGGAAGAAAAAUAACGUAAGCGCGAAGAAAUCUCGUGAUGCCCGCAGACAACGCGAGGCCGUUAUGAAUCAACGAUCCUCCAUGCUCGAGACAGAAAAUCUCAGACUUCGUGCAGAGCUGGCGACUUUACGAGAUGAGAACGCCAGGUUGAAGAUGGAACUAGGUAAAUUGAAGAGUCCAACAUAGACGUUAGGCAAUCCCAAGUAUUUAUUUCGCGUGAAUUAAUGAACGCCUGAAAGUGUGUAAUAUACAAUAUUGUAUUGUAGUCUUUUUGUACAUUAACAUUUUCCUGCGCGGCUAAAACUCAGACUAUGCUGCUGGGUAUAACUUUGCCCAUUGAGUUAGCGAGGUAGGUUUCGCGCGCGGAAACAAGCGAAUCGGCUUUGCUUUUUUCUUUGUAAAUGUCGGAGAGUCGCCGUUAGAGGCGAGUGUAUAUAUGGACGACACACUGUGUGACAUUUCAUGCAUGUUGACAUCUGUGAUAUUGUUAUGUAACGGGUGUGAAUGACCGAGCUAUAUGUGCACAUUGUAAAUACGCUUUAAGUAUACAUGCCAGCCGAAAAUUUGAGCAAGUUUGCAUAAUCUCAAAAGCAAUACACGCAUGCUCUUACAUAAGAAGUUACAUAAGGCUUUUUAGACCUAGUAUAACACUGUUGCGCAUGUAAGCUGUAACCGCAACCCCAGCAAUAUUUUGCGGUUUUGGCACAAACUUUGAGAGUUCAGCCCGAAGUAUAUACUUCAAUAUAUUUUGUCUAUUUUGGGAAGAAUGUUAACCCCGUAUAAUUCAGGCGUGUUUUUCUUCUUGGAAUUUUGCGAUGUUUUCAGGAGGUAACAGAUCUCCGUAGACACAACUGUGUAUAUAAAUGCUAUUAACUAUAUAUAGAUAGCGUGUUGCAUGUUUGUUUGUUGACGAUUUUUUCACCUGCAUGUUGAGCAAAAAUAUUUUGCAUAAAAUCUCAGUUGAAAAAACAACUUCAUCCGUCUAAAAGCGGACAAAUAUUGGUGCAUAUAGAAUAAAGGGUGUAUUUAUGUAGUUCCGUGGUUUAAUUUUAGAAGCUGGUCGAAUCCAGCAUUGAUAAAUAUGUAUCUAUAUAUAUUUUCAUGCUGAUGGGUAUAUUAGAUUUACUGCAAUAA